AUGUCAAGUGGGGAUUCGUUAGUGGAGAACAAUGCGAAUGGGGUGUGUAACAGCGGAGGUGGGGGCAAAGAUAAAGGGGGCCACACGAAUGACACCUUUUAUUACAGCGGUAGUGGCAGCCAAAACGGCAACCAAAGUGCAUCUAGCAACGGAGGCCCCACCAGCAGCGAUAGUGAAGUUAGCAACUGCAGCGAUGAGGGGCGGGGAGACAAAUGCGUCUUUCGACAUACGUAUAAAAAAAAGUGCGGAAAAAGUAAGCCCGUCCAUAAGUACAAAGGAGACAAUUCAAAUUUUUAUGAGAAUGAAAACAGCUACAUGAUUCAGUACAGAAAUGGAGGAACCGAUGACAUAAAUUAUGAGACGUCCAUAAUGCUAGACGAGCAAAUAAUUAAUACACAUCAUCUGGGGGACACAAUGACACUAGACGAUGGCGAACAUUUGAACGAGACCCAUGUUAACAAAAUAAUUAGUGCUGAGAAGGUGAAGGGGGACAAAAGUUACAAAAUUAUGACCCCUAUGGAAGAGAAUAUGCAUGCCGUGGAUAGAGCCAGUGGGCUACCAAAUGACCACGGGGUGACUUCCACAAAUGGAACCACAAAUGGAACCACAAAUGACACCACCGAUUUUAGUUACCAAUUUCGCAAGGAAUCCACGCUGACCGAUUAUGUGAAGAAUAAAUCGAGACCCUCCGAUACGGAUGAUGAAGACGGUGUGGAUGAAGAAGAAGUUGUCGAAAGGACGGUCAUAGGAAAGAACGGCUUCCUCCAUAAUGGCCAGUUGCAAACUGGAGGGGAGGACGCUUACUGUAAGGAGCUGCCCAAAGGAGGAAGAGAUAUACAGAGGAAUGUAUGCCGAAGCAAAAGUGAGGAAAUAAGACGGUGCGAUUCCGCACAGUGGGGAAGCAUAAAGGAACAUGCAGAAGAAAAAAGUACAGAUAAAAAAAUCAAGGAGGAAAGCAAUUAUCAAAAUGGGAAGCACGUAGUAGGGGAAGAAAAAAAAGAUAAGCAUUCCAGAACGAAUGCUAUAGAAAACUACAAAAGAGAGUUAAGAAAAUAUAUAGAAUUGAACAGCCUGACGAAAAAAAAGGUACACAUGGAAUUGUUCCUACAUCACCAAAUUAAUUGCUACGAUUUGUUACUAGAAAUAAGGAAAAAGAUACCCAUUUGGGGAGAAUACGAAGCGAAUUUUUUUUUUCAUUGGAAAAAAAUUAUGACCAUAUGUAUCGAAGAGUUAAAAAUAUACAUCCUGAUAUUUCGAUCAUUAAACAUCGAAACUGUUAAUCACUUGGAUUUUUUUAUGCUAAAAAUUAUUGUAGACGAGCUAGACGAACUGAGGAAAGUACACGAGCCUAAUUACAAGCCAUUCAUAUUUACACAGGAGUGUCUAAAUGAUUACCAAUACUCCCGCUCGUUCGAAAAGAGCCCAGAUAUUUAUGUCAAUAUGAACGAAUUUAUCCAACCCUGGUAUAGGAAGAAUUUUAACAAGUCUAUGGACAUUAAGAAGUUUUUAAAUUCCUUAGACAUUUUGGAAAACCAGAAACAUAAGUCGUAUAUCAUCCAGGCGAUGGAGAUCCCCACCUACAUCUUUGACUUGUGCGACUUGGAGGAAGCAAAAAAUGGAGUGGUCACAACAAAUGGUGUACUUUCACCAAGCGUGAUGGCCACAACAAGCGGUGCAACUUCCACCAAUGGGGCUUCCUCUUCACAAAACGAUACCUCGAAGAAGGUCAAAAAAAUGUGCGCGAAGAAGAAAGAAAAUAACAAGGGGAAAAAUUUAAACACACCCGUAAACCCCAACCCCAGGCCGAAGAAGAGAACAGGGUACUACGAUCUCGAGAUAGACGGUGUUGUUGCAUCCUUUGAGGCCCGGAAGGGGGUUUAUUAUGAUAAGUCCAGGAAGCUCUGGAGGGCGAACUGGAAGGAAAACGGGAAGAUUCAGACCAAGGGAUUUUCAGUUAAUGAGUAUAAGUCGGUUCAACUAGCUAGACAAAAGGCAAUCGAGUGGAGAGAAAAAAAGGAGGCAGAACUUUUGCUCUGA